AUGUCUCGAGCAAGUUCAGGGUGCGCUGGCGUUGUCGAUCCUCCACGAUCGGAGUUCGGCUCGCGGAGACAGCUCCGUCGGGCGCAGUGUCGAAUCCAACGACGACGACCUCCUCCCAUCUUCACGACAUUCACGACAUUCGCAACAUUUACGCACCCCUCCUCUCCGGAUUCUGUAAUGUCCUCGCAGAAAUUAUCCUCAUCGCCGGCCAGCAUUCUUCCCCUCAUCGACGCUCGACUCCCUCCGUCUCCUCCCGCGUCGCCCAAACGCCCGUCCUCAUCGUCCUCGCGCUCGCCUGUCGACCGCAUUCUCCGUGUGCUCCAUCUUCUCCACGCCGGGAAAUCUCCUCGUAGGACCUCAUUCCGUCUGGCAGAAGUGCAGCUCGAGAGACUUCACGAGCGCAUUGAMGCGGACUCUCUGCUCGCGGCUUUUUACCACCACAAAGUCCGCUGGGCUUACCAAGACGGCGUCUACUUUCUGCGCAUGCCGAGUGUCGUGCAUGAAGUCUUCACCGCGAGAGUUGUGGACGGCAUCGCCCAUGCUAUUUCUGCGCUGGCGUUGAAGCUGGGAGGCACGGCGGGACACGCACUCCGGGGAAUCAAGAAGGGCGGGAGCCCGACGCUGAAAUUGUCAGGACCAGCAGCACCAAGCAGCAGCAGUCAGGAGAGUGAAGAGCAAGUCCUGGUCGAGACACAUCGCAGUCCGGAUGGCACCUUCUUCCAUGACUCUGCACCGCAAUGGCCGGGCGUGGUGGUCGAGGUUAGCUACUCCCAGCGCGACCACAAACUGGACCGGAUCGCCGAGAGUUAUGUGGUGGACAGCUUUGGAGGGAUUCGAUGUGUCAUUGGUCUGGAACUGCCAUAUGGACGGGACACAGGAGUGCGGACUUGUACCAUGGGCUUGGAUUGCACCGCGGCACUGAGUGUUUGGCGACUGAAGGUGGAAAAAGACGACGAUGGAGAGGAGACGCUGAGCUGUGCGUGCGAGACGGAGCAUGCGCCAUUUAUGGGGAAACAGGGAAAGCUACAAGAAGGGCAGUUGGAGCUGACAGUGGCAGAUCUGUUGCCGUCAGAGGUGCUGGACACACUGGAUACUGGGGUGCGGGGAGAGAAGAUCUUCAUACCCUUCGAAGAUCUUUGGACAUGGCUCCGCGAUGCCAAUCGUGCAGACGAAGCGCACAAGGCCAACAAACCCAAGCCCGUAGAGAAGGCCACGAUGAAGAGGAGGAAGCGAAAGCGRACACCCGAAGAGGAGGUGGAUGAGGAGAGGGAGGGCCAGUUUCAACGCUUGGAGGAUGCAGAGGUGGAAAGGGAGCUGCGACAAAACAGUGCUUGGAGGGGAGCGGGGAUUGGGAGCAGUACCAGGGAGCCGGAGAGAAGGAGUACGAGACUGAGCUUAAGAAGCAGUGGUCCGGAGAGUGCUGGUAAAGCUGAACCCAGCUGA